CCUUGCCCAUGUAAACUUUCCGCCGACCUUCACAAACCCGCGCCCAGCAAAGCUCCGCGUAACCACCACCACUAACCCGCACACCAUGGCCUCAAAGCAAGGCGGCCAACCCGGCCAAAUCGAAAUAACCUCCCUCCCCGUCCCCCGCCUGCAAGAACUAAAAACCCAACUCGACGCCGAACUCACCCACCUCUCCAACUCCUUCCAAUCCCUGCGCACCGCGCAGUCGAAAUUCAAAGACUGCCUCACCUCCAUAACCACGGGCCUCACGGCCAGCACAACAAACAAGCCGCUGCUCGUGCCCCUCACAUCAUCACUGUACGUGCCGGGCAAGCUGACAGACCAUGAGCAUGUGCUUGUAGACGUUGGUACGGGGUUUUUUGUGGAAAAAGAUAUUCCGGGUGCGAAAGAUUUUUACGAGAGAAAAGUUAAGGAUCUGGGGGAGAGUUUGAAGGAUUUGGAGCAGGUGGUGCAGGGGAAGGCGCAGAAUGUGAGGAUGGUGGAGGAGGUGAUUCGGUUGAAGGUUAUGAGUGCUCAGGAGAGUAAGGGGGAGGAGCAGGGGAGCUGAAAAUAGAGAGUCAUGGAAUGAGAGUAUGACUCUUUACUUGGUUGACGGCAUUGAUUGGAAACAUGGGAUACUUGGAGAAAAGACAGUUGUAGCUGUGUACAAUGAGGUCUGGAAAUGGCCUAUGAAACUAAAGUUGGAUGGUGUAAAUGAAGUAUACUCUAUACUUCAGGUUGCAAAAUCUCGAAACCGAAUGCAUACCCCUCAAUGCACACCUUCUCAUCCGUUUCCGACGUUCGCAUAGUGCCGGUUCCUAUCCUCAUAUAGCAAC